CCAAUCGAUGUGAGGCUGAAUUUCCGAGUAUUUUGCACCACUUUAGAGAAUUCUUUAUCCAUUAACUACAUAAGUGUGAUCUUAUCUUUCUAUUGGAAGGAUUGGACCAGUCCGAAAAAUUGUCGAUAGCCUUGAUUUGUAAUUGCAGUCUUCAUUAAAAUAAUUUAAAAGUUAAAUCAUCAAGUAUUAGACGAGGAAAGGCAGCUGUUUUCAUGUAGUGGUAAUGUCUGACAAUGGAGUUCAUAAACGACCGAUAAUUAUCAACUUAUUUCCAAAGAAAUCUACUUCCGCAUCAGAACCAAUUUCGAAUGUGCAAGAAUCAAUAGAGACAUGCUGUUCUAAAACCCCUUGUGCCCUUGAUGGAGACUACACAGAAUUCAGUAGCACACCAGACCAUACAUUCAGCCCAUUUUUAUCUGAAGAUUCAGAUUCAGAUAGAGAAACACAACCAGGAAUUAAAAGAAAGUUUGUGGAAAACUGGAAAACUCUAUAUCCAUUCAUUGAAUAUGACAAAGAAAAGAAUAUUAUGUUUUGCAAAAUUUGCAAACAAUUUGCUAACCACAGACAAAAGGGCAUUCGAUUUGUUACUGGGAGUAGUAACUUCAGAGCCACAUCAAUUCAGUAUCAUGAAAAAUCAGUUCUUCAUGCCAAAUGUCAGAAACGUGCUAUUGCACUCCUAAACGGCAAUUCAAAUCCUGUGGAACUGUUAGACUCAGAUCGGAAGAAAUUAAUACAAGUUUUAAAGUUGGUUUAUUUUAUGGUGCAAACUAGAAGUCCUUUUACAUAUUUCCCACAGCUAUGCGAAUCGCAGAAGCUGGAGGGCGUCGAUGUUGGUCCUGCUUACACAUCACACGAGAAAGUCGUUCCCCUAUUUGCGAAGUACAUUUCUUUGGUUUUAGAGAAAAAGUUGGCAGUAGAAUUGUCUAAACUGAAGCUUUUUUCAGUAAUUAUUGAUAAUUGUUUCAGCCGUGCUUCUGAAAAACAUGAACUAUUGUACGUAAAAUAUUUAGAUGGAGAUAGACUGAGAACUGUCUUUCUCGGUGUCAUUGAUUCUACAAAAAGUAACUUUGAAUCUAUUUAUAAGAAUUUAUGCAAGUUAUUUGAAAGGUUUAAUAUUGCUGACUGGGCUGAAAAGGUUGUAUGUGUUACCAUUGAUUCUGUAUUCGAUUUCCAACCCUGGCAUGAUGACCUGGUGAAACUAAUAAAAGAAAAAUCAAGCAAUUUCAUUUGCUGUACCAGCGUUUUACCUCACAAAAUAAAAUGUUGCAGUAAAAUUUUCGAGAAUAAUUUAUGUACCUCCCAGUUCUGUAUUUUGAUUUAUGAAAUUUUCUGGUAUUAUGAAAACUUGCCUGAUGAUAGUAAGAAUUUGUCACAUAUUGGCCGGGAGCUUGACAGUAUUGUACAGGAAUAUGGUAAAUUGCCAAAAAAUAUUAGUGCGUGCUUUUCUUUAAAUGCUCUCAAAGCAGUUAGCGCGGACUGGGUUCCUUUGAUUCAAUUUAUGAGCGAACAAAACCAUUCCAUCCUGCAUACCAAAGUUAGAAAAAUCGGUGCUAAAAUUCUGCUUUUGAUUACCAGAAGUCAAUUUUUGUGGAAGUUAGCUGUGGUGUUAGAUAUUUUGAAUUGCUUAAACGAAUUUGCAUGUAAAGUUCAAGAUCCUGACAAUGUAUUUUCUUUUCAUUUACAUCUAAUAAAUAGCUGCCGCGAUAUCAAAGAAGCUGCUCAAGGAAAAGGUGAAGUUGUUCGAAGUUUUAUACAAGAUAUGACUGAGACGCCGUCUUCCUUUCGAGGCAUUUCAAUCCGCUUAGAUGCCAGUUUGGAUAAAGUUAUUGCUGGCUUUCAACUUUUGACAAGCAAUUUGUUAAACCAUCUAAACAAACAAGUGUCUAACCAAGCCGUUUUUGAUAACUGUCACAUAUUAGAUACUAGAACAUGGCUCAAACAAGAUAAUUUCGAUACCUUCGGAAACCUGGAGUAUUCAAAGUUGCAUGUGGUCAUUGAAAAAUCCGAUGAAAUCCAGCAUACUGCUUUGUCAGAAUGGCGAUCCUUGAAAGAAAGUGUCAUUAAUUCCUUCCCUUCAGAAUUGCUCUUAAAACCAAGAGCUGCCAUAUCAACUAUGGUAGCUACUCUUGCUUCUGAUCUUCCCCGGGCAAUAAACAUUUUGAAAAAGUUUUUGUUAUUUGACUUCUCAUGUGAGGAGGUAGAAAAAGGAUACCGUGAAAUGAAUUUGAUCAAGUCCAGUGAAAGAUGCAUGUUAUCCGUACAAUCCUUGCAAUAUUCGAUGAUGAUCGUCAUGCAUGGACCACCCUUUGCUCAAUUCAACCCGGCUCCAGCAAUCGAGUUAUGGAUGAAAGAAUGCUCAAGACGAUACCAUAUACGAAGUAGACAGAAAAUUAGUACAAGAACGAUUCUGUCAAAUUGUGAUACAUUUCUUGAAAGCUUUGAUAUUUCUAAUAAUUUAAAUUCUUUGUAAGUUCAAUGUAUAACAUCGAAGAGAAGGUGCAUACUAAUUGUAGAUCCCCGGUUCUCAACGUAUUUUUCCUCCCAACACCUUGAUAAGCCUUAAAUUUUUGGGUGUUCCCCACUGUAAUGCCCCCCCCCCCUCAAACAAAUAAGUUUUAUUAAUAACGUUAAGGACUUAAGUUAAUAUAAACAUCAAAUGACUCGAAUUUAUUUAAUAAGAUUUAUAAUUAUAAGAUUAUUUUUGACUUCGCAUUUUAUUUAAUUUUUGUAAUAGUAUUAGUUCACCUCCUAAUAAAUGAAAAGCACACUGAAAUAAUUCCGCAUUAAAUUAUAAUGAAAGCUAGGAAUUACCUAUCAUGAUAAUCAACUAUUCAGUUUAUAUGCAAUUCUUAAGCUUGUUUUCAUGAAUUGAAUUUUAUAAAAUGAUGUUCAAAUGAAGACUGAUAUAAUUUCACGUCUGGUGCUUCUUCGAGCAUUCUACAAUAUUUAGUAAUAAUAUAGUACACGUCAGACGAGUAUGUUAUUUCCGCUAGUUCUGUAUUCGAGAAAUGUGUUAAAUAUUUUUUGCUUUAACACUGAUACUUCUUAGUACUUUUCUUUACAGUAGGCUUUGCUGCGCCAGUUACAGAGUUAGGUUCUUGCGUGUUCCAAAUAAUCAGUCAUUUGUGCCUUUCAGUUAUUUCACCCCAAAUAUUUUGCGAAUACAGGAUAACGUGGAUUCAGCAUGUGUAAAAAUAUCAAACAUAUAUAGGUAAUAAUUCCAGAUACAUUUUAAAGCGACCACUUACCGAUUCCAUAUUUAACCGACCUAUUAUCCAUACUGAUUGAAUUCCCCAUUAGAUAGUGAAGACGCGCCCUUUUCCCUUUUUAGAGAUUAUUGUGGUUCGAAGUCUCUACGUUCUUUGCAUGACUUUUUGUUUUCACACGGGGAAAAAAAAUAUUUUUUAAAAAAUUUUGUUUCAUUUUUUUUAUGUUUUGCAUCUUCUUGCACGACAAAAAUUAUUUUUACAUGCUCCUAACUAAUCCUCAAAGAUACGCGCACCACAAUUUAAAAACUCCUGUUUUAGACAAAAGAAAUGGACCAUCCAUUAUUAGUAAUGUCUUAUUUUCAAAUACAGGUCAAAUCUUAUUACUGAAAUUCAUUUAAUCCUUAAUUAAUGCUUUUUCUUCUAUGUGAGACCUACAAUUGUUUGUAAGUUAAUCUGUUUUCCGAUCUAAAGAACAACAUAUAUUAAGGCUAGUAGUGACAUGUCAUUUAUGAAUUGUAAAUUAUUUGCAUCAAGAUAGAGAUGCAUAUUUUUUUUUAUUGAAAAUUGUCCAUUAUUAUCAUAAAAAAUUA